ACUCGCGCAUGCGCAGGUCCCGCAUAGAGUAGUGCAGUGCCGUUAUUCCAGUCUCCGUAGAAACGCUGGGACUAUGGCGGAGCCGACUGGGCUGCUGGAGAUGUCCGAGCUCCCCGGAGAUAGCAGUGUCCCACAGGUGGGCACAGCGAGUGGCGUCAGCGACGUACUGCGGGGGGCAGUCGGCGGCGGGGUUCGGGUGCAGGAGGCCCGGGAAGGCCCAGUGGCCGAAGCUGCGCGGUCCAUGGCGCGGGUGCCGGGCCCUGUGCCCGGGCCCAUCCCCAGCAGCGUCCCGGGCCUGGCGUCCGCGCCAGACCCCCAUCAGCAGCUCGCUUUCUUAGAAAUUAACCGGCAGCUGUUGUUCCGCGAGUAUCUGGAUGGUAGCUCCAUGAUUCCGGUCAGAUUACUACGGGAUUUCGAGGAACGCCGCAGGCUGUUUGUGGAAGGCUGCAAGGCGAGGGAAGCAGCCUUUGACGCGGAUCCCCCGCAGAUGGACUUCGCUGCUGUCGCGUUUACGGUAGCGCUGACUGCCUCCGAGGCCCUCAGUCCUCUGGCCGACUGAGUCGGCUGUGAUGAUGACAUUGGUGGCAAGGAAUAGCCAAGUGACCCUUUUCGGAUCAAAAGAACAGGCAGGCUGUGCCAGUUUAGUUAACUCAGUCAUUAGGGGGAAUGCAAACUGGAAGGGAAUACGGCAAUGUGCAAUUGAAGGAGGAAGCACACUCCGAAAUGGAAACAGACAAGACUGUUGAAUCUUGUUUUCUUUCUUCUUUUUUAGUAUUAUUUAAAUAGAGAAGGGAGUCUCGCAUCCCUAGGCUGGUCCCGAACGCUUGGACCCGAGCAAUCCUCCCGCUUCGGCCUCCCAAAGUGCUGGGAUUACUUUACAGGCGUGAGCCACCGCGCCCGGCCGAAUCUUGUUUUCAAACAGGUCCCAAGACACUUCUGGCUUAGCACUUUGUUAGCAAUGCAUUUUCCUGCAUUUGUGAAGAAUCCUUCAUGACUUUCACCAUAAAGGAUGGUUUUGCAAAGAUAUGAGAAAAAAAAAAUGCCAAUAAUAGAACCCAUAGAAAUGAACCUAAGUGAUGAAAGAAAACAAAGAAAUAGAGUUGUCAGGAAUCCAGGUGUGCCUGAGUUACUAGGAUUGGAAGGCUAUUGAGAGGACUUUGAAAUUUCACAAUUUGUGGUCAUGUCAACAAAUCCUAGUAUAAGAUUCAUAUUUGUGUUUUCUGAGGUACUUUAGAUGAACAGUAAAUAUUCAAUAGAAAAAACCACGUAUUAUAUGAUCAAUGUUUUCAAGUCUAUGUGAAAUUGGGUAGGUGUGGAAUAAACUUGUUUUUUGUUAA